GAUCCACUUUCUCUCAUGCAUUCUUGCCCUCAACACUCAUACGUCGCAAUUAACGCCAUACUGUUCUUCUGCUCUAUCGUUUUUGCUCUCUUUCGAGGGUUCUUUGGUGGAAAUCAGUGCAGAUUUGAACUCCCGGGGUUUAUUGAACUAUACCCAUGUCUAAAGUCAUCGGCUUUGCCGGAGGUGACGAUUUUUGCCCUGGGGGGUCAAUAUACACUAAUCCCAAGGAAUCUAAUCUAUUAUUGUCUCUUGGCAACCAUGUUGAUGUUUACUUCCCUCCUCGGAAGAGAUCUCGAGUCACAGCACCUUUUGUUUUUGACGGAGAAUGGUUUGAACAGAAGCAGAAGACAUCUAUUGAAGCUUUGCCAGAUGAAUGCCUCUUUGAGAUCUUUAGAAGGUUGCCUGUAGGCCAAGAAAGGAGUGCAUGUGCCUGUGUUUCCAAGCGCUGGCUUAUGCUUUUAAGCAGUAUUUGUAAGGAUGAAAUCUGCAGCAGCAAAAUUACCACACAUGAGAACGAGUCUUGUGAAAAGGAGGUUGAUGAUCUGGAAUUUGGGGGUGAUGGUUACCUGUCCCGGAGCUUAGUAGGAAAGAAGGCAACAGAUGUUAGACUUGCUGCCAUUGCCGUUGGUACUGCUUCUCGUGGAGGACUGGGAAAACUUUCUAUCCAUGGGAGCAAUUCAGAUCGUGGGGUGACCAAUCUAGGUCUCAAGUCUGUUGCCCACGGAUGUCCUUCUUUAAAGGGGCUUUCACUUGGGGAUAUUGCUACCAUUGGUGAUGAAGGCCUAAUCGAUAUUGCUAAUGGAUGUCAUCAGCUAGAGAAGCUGGACCUUUGCAAGUGCCCAAAAAUUUCUGACAAGGCUUUGAUUGCAAUUGCAAAGAACUGCCCUAAUUUGACCGAGUUAUCCAUAGAAUCAUGUCCUAAAAUUGGUAAUGAAGGUCUACAAGCUAUUGGGCAGUUGUGCCCCAAUCUGAGGUCCAUUUCAAUCAAGAACUGCGCCUGUGUUGGUGAUCAGGGAAUUGCAAGCCUGCUCUCUUCACGUUCUUUUGAUUUGGUAAAGGUGAAGCUUCAGGGUCUGGCCAUUUCUGACCUCUCUCUCGCUGUUAUUGGACACUAUGGGAAGGCAGUUACUGAUCUUGUCCUCUCCUGCCUCCCAAAUGUUGGUGAGAGGGGGUUCUGGGUCAUGGGUAAUGGUCAUGGUCUGCAGAAGCUAAAGUCACUCACAAUUGCAUCCUGCCCCGGAGUUACAGAUAUUGGGCUUGAAUCUGUGGCAAAGGGCUGUCCAAAUCUCAAGCACUUCCACCUUCGUAAAUGUGCGUUUCUAUCAGACAAUGGAUUGUUAUCAUUUGCCAAAACUGCUCUAUCACUUGAGAGCCUCCAAUUGGAGGAGUGCCACAGGAUCACCCAACUUGGUUUUUUUGGUGUUAUUGACAGUAGUGCAAGAUUGAAGGCUCUUGCCCUCGUAAGCUGCUUUGGAUUCAAAGAUCUGAAUUUGAGAUCGCCUCAGGUGUCUCCUUGCCAGUCGCUCCAGUCACUAACAAUCUGUAACUGCCCUGGAUUUGGUGAAUCUACCUUGGCUGUGCUUGGAAAAUUGUGCCCUCAGCUGCAGAAUAUUGAAUUAAGUUGCCUCCAGGGGGUAACAGAUGCUGGGUUGCUUCCACUGAUUGAAUGCUCUGAGGCUGGUCUGGUUAAGGUUAAUCUUAGUGGUUGCAUAAAUCUGACUGACAAGGUGGUCUUAUCAAUGACCAAUAAGCAUGGUUGGACGCUUGAGACGCUAAACCUUGAUGGCUGUAAAAGGAUCAGUGAUGCUAGCUUGAUAGCAAUUGCCAGAAAUUGCCCAUUGCUAUCUGAUCUUGACAUUUCUAAGUGCGCAAUCACUGAUGCUGGAAUUGCAGCCCUGGGUAGUGCUGAACAACUCAACUUGCAGGUUCUUUCUUUGGCAGGUUGCUCUUUGGUUUCAGAUAGGAGCCUGUCUAGUUUGAUGGAAUUGGGCCAGACCCUUUUGGGAUUAAAUAUCCAGCAAUGCAAAGCAAUCAGCAGCAGAUCUGUUGACGUGCUUCUAGAACUUCUUUGGAGGUGUGACUUCCUCUUCUGAGCAGCACGACUUCAUCUCACUUCAAAGUAGGACAGCCAGCUAAUGCCACGAAUUGGAACAGGCAGGAUGUUUUUUGGACAACUUUUAUGAUCAGCGUUGCACAAUAGUUUUUGGGUCCAUUAUCGGUGGGUCUUUAGUCAUCCAGAGUCUCGGUUCCCUUUUUCCAGAGCAUACAGUCACUUAAUUUUUAUGUUUUUGCGGGUUUCCUUCAAUCGGAAAUCUGUUCAAAGUUUUUGGCUCCUGUUCAUGGUAUGCCGUCUUUUUGAGUGACUGUAAACCUCUGUGAACAUAGAUGCCGAGUUCUGGAGUUAGGAUUCUUUGUUAGUGGUGUUGGCACCCGAUGGAUUUAGCUUAGCUUUGCGUUGGUUUUGCCACCAUGUGUGUUCUUAGUUCUGCUUUUUUAAGUCUUUUACCGCUACCAGUACCAGAGUCCGUCAGUCUGAUGUUUUGCCAAAUCUUUCACGUCUGUAAACUCUGUUGUGGACGUGAUUGUUGGGGUCUCAGUUUUACUCAAAAGGCAGGCUCAAGUUAAAGAAUCUAUGGUCUUGUAAGCCUAGAUGCAGUGUGUGGUUCUGAGUUAUGAUGAUGCCUUGUGUUCUAGGGCUUUGGCCGUGGCAGCAAGUUAUACAGGUCUGCCAUGACAAUCCUCCCUGUCAUAUGGGGAAGGAUUGUUUUUUAUUUCCCAAGCCCUUGUUUUUUAGGCCUCAUUUUUCUGGAACUGUAAACUGCAACAUCCGAGUCGUGUAAUAUACUGAUGCCUGCCCUCUGUGAUGUAUGAUGUAUGUCAUGUUAUGAAAGUAAUGAAUAAAAAUUUGCAAUCUUCUUCUAUGAGAAUUUGAGUGA